GAGUUUUUGGAAAAGGCAAAAGCGUCUUUCAGACUUUCAGUUAUACUUUCUUUUCAACAGAAAAGUGUCUUACCGUUAAAUACCCUCCUUUUUCGCCAAACUACCAUUCGUCUCCGUAAAACAAGAAGAACAUAGUCACAUACCUAGAAUUCAGUCUUUUCCUCUUCCUGUGUCUAAGUUCAUUUUCAACUGAUAUUCAAUCCAUUCUGCCUCGAUUUUUUUUUCUUUAAAAAAAAAAAAAGAAAGAAAAAAGCUAUUUCUAUAUACAUGUUGAAGCAGCUUCAGAAAUGGAGGUGAUUGAAUAUUGGUUAUUGUUUUCUUGACGUUUCCACGUUUAAAGAAUUCGUUGAGUUUUUUUUUUUUUUUUUUCGACUUUUGGAUGGCGGUGGAGUACACAUGUUGUGAGUCGCAAUUCUUCAUUCAUAUAGUGAUCAUUGUAUUUCUGGUAGUGUUCGCGGGAAUGAUGUCUGGCCUUACAUUAGGCCUAAUGUCGUUAAGUCUUGUUGAUCUUGAAGUCCUUGCCAAGUCUGGAACUCCAAGUGAUCGUAAAAAUGCUGCCAAGAUCUUGCCUGUUGUACAAAAUCAGCAUUUAUUGCUCUGCACCCUACUUAUUUGCAAUGCUGCUGCUAUGGAGGCACUUCCUAUCUUUCUUGACAGCCUAAUUACAGCUUGGGGUGCUAUACUGAUUUCUGUCACAUUGAUUCUUCUGUUUGGUGAGAUCAUACCUCAAUCCGUUUGCUCUAGAUAUGGACUGGCCAUUGGUGCAACUAUGGCCCCAUUUGUUCGCGUUCUUGGUUGGAUCUGCUUUCCUAUUGCAUAUCCAAUAAGCAAGCUAUUGGACUAUCUGCUGGGUCAUCGAAACAGUGGUCUUUUUCGACGAGCUGAGUUGAAAACUUUGGUACAUUUUCAUGGAAAUCAGGCUGGUAAAGGUGGAGAGCUAACAAAUGAUGAGACAACUAUAAUUGCUGGUGCUCUGGAGCUUCACGAGAAAAGAGCGGGUGAUGCUAUGACCCCCAUAUCUGAAGCCUUUUCUAUUGAUAUUUGCGGGAAGUUGGACAGAAAUUUGACAAAUUUAAUUUUGGAGAAAGGGCAUAGCAGGAUACCAGUUUACUAUGAGCAACCUACAAACAUAAUUGGACUUCUUCUGGUCAAGAACUUAUUAACCAUCCAUCCACAAGAUGAAAUGCUUGUAAAAAAUGUUACCAUCCGAAGGAUCCCAAGGGUCCCAUAUACCAUGCGAUUGGAUGACAUCUUAAAUGAGUUUCAGAAAGGUCAUAGUCAUAUGGCUGUGGUUGUAAGGGAAUGCAACAAAAAGACGGACCAGCCUGCUAGCAAUAGCCAAAAGACGGACCAGCCUGCUAGCAAUAGCCAAAAGAUGGAUCAACCUGCUAGCAAUAGCCUUGCUGAUAAUUCUGCUCAGGAUGAUGUGAGAGUAGACAUUGAUGACGAAAGGCCUCCCCCCGAGAAGAGCCUGAAGAGUAGAUCAUUUCAGAAAGGCAAGAGUUUGUCCAACGGUGGAAACACUUCAUCCAGGAGAAAUAGGAGCAGGAGGGGCUCGAAAGAUUUGUACGCAGACAUUCUACGAAUAGAUGAAAAUGAUCUGCCAAAUAUCCCUGAUGAUGAAGAGGUAGUCGGGAUAAUAACUAUGGAAGAUGUUAUCGAAGAGCUUUUACAGGAGGAAAUUUUCGAUGAGACGGAUCAUGCAAAGCAUUUAUAGCAGUAGUUCUUUUGUAUUUAUUAUAAGAAAGUAAUGUGUAGUUGCAAAACUUUGUAUGUCUAAGAAAUUCACUUUACUGGACUGGUGUAAGGACUCAAUUACCAGUGUAUACACUCGCGGUGUUCACUGGACUGAAUAUAUUGAUUUUAGCUGAUA